CAAAAUUAUCUCUUUUAAAUGAUUUUUUUAUCCUGUCACAAAAAAAAACAUAUCCUUGUUUUAUUUAGCUUUGGAAAAAAAAACAAGAAACUUGAUAUAUCUUUUCAGACAUCACAUACUCUGCUUCAAUGGCUACAUCUCUUCAAACCAAAUACACUCUAAAUCCCAUCACAAACAACAUCCCAAGAAGCCACCGUCCAUCGUUUCUCCGUGUCACUUCCACCACCAACUCUCAGCCUAACCAUGAGAUGAAGCUUGUUGUUGAGCAACGACUUGUGAAUCCUCCUCUCUCCAACGACCCAACUCUACAAUCUACAUGGACUCACCGGUUAUGGGUUGCAGCUGGCUGCACCACCGUGUUUGUCUCUUUUUCCAAAUCAAUCAUUGGAGCAUUUGGUUCUCAUCUCUGGCUCGAACCAUCUUUAGCCGGUUUCGCCGGGUAUAUCUUAGCAGAUCUAGGUUCUGGUGUGUACCACUGGGCCACCGAUAACUACGGUGAUGAGUCUACGCCUCUAGUAGGAAUCCAUAUCGAAGACUCUCAAGAUCAUCACAAGUGUCCAUGGACAAUCACCAAACGGCAAUUUGCAAACAAUCUACAUUUUAUGGCUCGAGGCACAACCUUGAUAGUUCUCCCACUAGACCUUGCUUUUGAUGACCAUGUGGUUCAUGGCUUUGUAAGCAUGUUUGCAUUUUGUGUAUUGUUUUGUCAGUUGUUCCAUGCUUGGGCUCAUGGAACGAAGAGCAAGCUUCCACCUCUUGUGGUUGGGUUGCAAGACAUUGGGCUUCUUGUUUCACGGAUACAUCACAUGAAUCAUCACCGAGCACCGUAUAACAACAAUUACUGCGUAGUGAGUGGGGUGUGGAACAAGGUUUUGGAUGAAAGCAAUGUCUUUAAGGCAAUGGAGAUGGUGUUGUAUAUCCAACUUGGGGUGAGACCGAGGUCAUGGACCGAGCCAAACUACGAAUGACGGAAGAAACCGACAUAUCCAAAUGUUAGCCGUCACUUUUAGCUAUAUUCUUCGCUUUAAGUGGGAAAAACUCGAUUUUUUAGCCGCGGCUUCGAGAUUAAUUUAUAUUUAGUUUAAGAUAUAAUAUGUCAAAAACCAAAUGUUUUCUUUUACUUAAAAACAUGUAGAUCACAAUUGUGAUAGAUUUGAUAAGUUUAAUAUAUCAUUUUUGGGUAAAUGUAACAAUUUCUAAAAUGUUUGCAUUGUAUGGAAAGUGAUAUUCAAGGUUUGUAGAUA